UGCGCCAAAGAAGCUUAAGUGGAAUAUUGCUUUACCUAUCCGAUUGGAGUUGUACCUGAAUUGAUCCGCUGGCACAAUCUUGUGGAAGACCUUAUUGUGAAAUCACGUGCAUCCGGCCUACCCGUAAAUAGACCCCACCCGGGCCCGGAUAUUCCAGCAUGCGUCCAUCGCUGUGGGUUCUCGCAAUAUUGGGCAGUGCUGCGGCCCAGAAUCUCUCCGUUGAAGCAUUGAACAAGAAACCUCCGCCCCCGUCGUCCUCAUCAGCUUGGCCCGCUACCUGCCCAGGCCCGAUAACACUUACCUCGACUUCGACUUGCUACGAAACGAAAUGGAGUACUACGACGUGCUACGAGACUUCAACAACAACCACUAGUAUCCACGAUACCGUCACUUGCUUCGAGACAGUCACACAAUGGAAUUCGACAACGAUCUUUGACACAACUACUAUCUGGAACGUCUCUACGGAGACGAAAGAGGUCGAUUUUACCAGCUGGUAUACCACGGAGAUAACAGUUUCAACGGAAGUCGACCAUACCAGCUGGUACACAACCGAAAAAACUGUGCCUACGUGGUAUACUACGGAGAAGACAAUUGAGACCGAAAUCGACUAUACCAGCUGGUUUACAACUGAAAAAACCGUUCCCACGUGGUACACGACGGAGAAGACGAUUGAGACCGAAAUCGACUUCACGAGCUGGUAUACAACCGAAAAGACUGUACCCACGUGGUUGACUACAGAAAUAACAGUGACCUCUACUGAGACUGAUGAUGUGACGGUUCCCACGUGGUACACCACCGAAAAGACGGUAACUUCUGUGGAAACUGAUGACUUUACGGCAAGUUUCCCUUUAUAGACCCGCGGUGUUAAACCGACCAGUCCCCUGUCCUUCUCUGCCGCCUUUUCAUCUUCUAAUGGUGCUGCGAG